CUCUCUCUAAAGCCUAUGUUUCUCCCUCACACCAGGAAGCUCUCUAUCUAUCUUGUGAAAGAUUUGAGUGGCGCUGAGCUCAAACAAAGAAGACUGUUGAUGAAUUAAAUCAAGAGAAAAAGUAGGGUUUUGUUGGUUGGAAGACUGGUUUUCUACAGUGCUGAUACUUUCCACCCAGAACAAACCCCCCAAGUGUGAAUAUAAUGUGGAGAUUAUCACUGGAAAUGACUGCUUAAGCUGCAAAAAAGCUAGAGAGAGAGAGAGGGACCACCAUGAUCGCUCUGGGCCUGGAAGGUUCAGCCAACAAGAUUGGCAUAGGUAUCGUUACCAUUGAUGGUUCCAUCCUAGCCAAUCCACGCCACACCUACAUCACACCACCUGGCCAUGGCUUCCUUCCCCGAGAAACAGCGCACCACCACCUAACCCACUUGGUUCCUCUGGUUCGAGAUGCCUUAGCCCAAGCCGGACUCGAGCCCAACCAAAUAGAAUGCAUUUCUUACACUAAAGGACCAGGAAUGGGAGCUCCACUACAAGUGUGUGCUGUUGGUGCACGCCUUCUCUCUCUACUUUGGUCUAAGCCUUUGGUAUCGGUGAACCACUGUGUCGCUCAUAUAGAGAUGGGUCGUGUUGUUACAGGAGCUAAGGAUCCUGUUGUGCUCUAUGUUAGUGGGGGGAAUACACAGGUGAUUGCUUAUAGUGAGGGGAAAUAUAGGAUUUUUGGUGAGACGAUUGAUAUUGCAGUUGGGAACUGUUUGGAUCGGUUUGCAAGGGUUUUGAAGUUGUCGAAUGAUCCAAGUCCGGGGUAUAACAUUGAGCAGCUUGCAAAAGAGGGGUCAAAGUUCCUGGACCUGCCUUAUGUUGUGAAGGGAAUGGACGUCUCAUUCAGUGGGAUCCUCAGUUAUAUCGAAGCCACUGCUGCAGAGAAGCUCCAGAACAAUGAGUGCACCCCUGCCGAUCUCUGCUUCUCUCUUCAGGAAACUGUAUUUGCGAUGCUUGUUGAAAUCACAGAGCGUGCAAUGGCACACUGCGACAAGAAAGACGUUCUCAUUGUGGGUGGUGUGGGGUGCAAUGAGCGAUUGCAAGAGAUGAUGAGAGUGAUGUGUGAGGAGAGAGGAGGGAGGCUUUUUGCCACUGAUGAGAGAUAUUGCAUAGACAAUGGUGCCAUGAUUGCUUACACUGGCCUCCUUGCCUAUGCGCAUGGGGUGACUACUCCUUUGGAAGAAUCAACUUUUACCCAGAGAUUUCGAACGGAUGAGGUGCAUGCAAUUUGGAGAGAGGAAACUUUACCCAUUGGAAACUAUGAGGAUGCUCAUAAGAGUUGGUCUAUUGUGAAUGGGGGUGAAUCUCAAGUGAUUCCUUGUGGUUUGGAAGCCUCUUAAACUGCAGAGGAUUUGUUGCAGAGUAGGAAGUUUCAGUUAGUUAAUGAUAUUUGUAUGUGAUUUAGGGGGUUUGUAGCUGGCAAGUAUGUUUAGACAAAACCCCUUCAUUGAAUUGGCCUGCCCUUUUUAUGUUAUUUGUGUUUUCUUCUUAAUAUAAGGCCACCUUUGUGUACUGUAUAAGGGUUUUUGGCUGGCAAGAAAGUUGUGUGAAACCAGUUAAUUGAAAUGCCCUUUAUUUUAUGUCUCAAAA